AUGAAGUUCAACUUGUUCAGACAGCCUCAGGCUGUUGCCGCUGCAGAGCCGACAAGUGCCACCACUGUGACAAUGGCUCCCUCCCCGGUCUCAGCCUCCACCUCUGCACCAGAUACUUCAGGCUCCAACAACACAGAGAUCAGCAAGAAUGACAUGUUUGAGGAGAUUAAAAGCAAAUUCUUAAAUGAAAUCGAUAAAAUCCCACUUCCUCCAUGGGCUUUGAUUGCUAUCGCUGUGGUGGCAGCAUUGCUCGUCCUCACUUGUUGUUUCUGCAUAAUCAAAAAAUGCUGCUGCAAGAAGAAGAAGAACAAGAAAGGAAAGAAGGGCAAGGAUGGUUUUAACAUGAAGAACAUGCAGGGUGGUGAGAAACAACAGGACGACGAUGAUGAAGAAGAAGGAGAGACCGGAAUGACAGAGGAGGAAAAAGAGGAGGAGGAGAAAGAACAAGAAAAACUGGGAAAACUCCAGUACUCCAUAGAUUAUGACUUUGAGAACACUAAGCUGACAGUUGGCAUUCUUCAAGCUGCAGAUCUCAUGUCAAUGGACUCCGGUGGAACCUCUGAUCCUUAUGUCAGGGUCCUUCUCUUCCCUGACAAGAAGAAGAAGUUUGACACAAAGGUGCACAAGAAAACUCUGAAUCCUGUCUUCAAUGAGACAUUUGUUUUCAAGGUGCCCUAUGAGGAACUGGGUGGUAAGAUCCUGAUGAUGUCAGUGUACGACUAUGACAGAUUUUCCAAACAUGACGUCAUUGGGGAAGUGAAGAUUCCCAUGAAUACCAUUGACCUCGGACGUCCUAUUGAAGAAUGGCGGGACCUUGAGAGCGCCGACCAAGAGGAGCCUGAGAAACUUGGAGACAUCUGCAUCUCCCUCCGUUAUGUCCCCACUGCUGGAAAACUCACAGUCUGCAUCCUGGAGGCAAAGAAUCUGAAGAAGAUGGAUGCCUGUGGCUUGUCUGAUCCCUAUGUGAAAAUCCAGCUACUGCAGGGAGGAAAGCGUCUUAAGAAAAAGAAGACAACUGUGAAGAAGAACACCCUGAAUCCGUAUUACAAUGAAUCAUUCAGCUUUGAAAUCCCACUGGAACAGAUGCAGAAAAUCUUGGUAGUUAUCACAGUGUUUGAUUAUGACAAGAUAGGUAAGAACGAUGCCAUUGGGAAGAUCUUUGUUGGUAGCAAGGCUACCAGCUUGGGUCUUAAGCACUGGUCAGACAUGCUGGCUAAUCCGCGCCGCCCCAUCGCCCAGUGGCACCCAUUGCAGCCAGAGGAGGAUAUUGAUGGUCAGCUUGCAGCGCUGGCAGCAAAGAAGUAACAAGCCUCAUCAACCAGCUAUUGCUCUUACUCGGAAAAUCAUCCCUUCUUUGCAUGAAUCCUAUGACUUAUCAAAUGACUACUUGUCAUAAAUCUUGCUCAGCAAAAAAGAAACAUCUUAGGAUAACGUCGUAUACACAGUUAAGUUGAUGGAAACUCUUUUCAAGCAUCCAAUCUCAGUUUGUGGCAAGAAAAUAGUGAUGAGUUAUUGGGUCAGUAGUUCAUGAAUGAUCAGUUUUUGGUCUUUUUUGCUCUAAAGAAGCUGAUUUACAGGGUGCUGAAAAUGGGUGAAAAUAAUGUUAAAGACAAUGCUGGAUCAAAAGCUUUAGUUUAGUUUAUGGAGCAUGCUUUACUUACCUCCCCUCUACUCUGCGCACAGCAUACCUAGUAUUGUAUGUUGCUUAUAAGUGUGCUAUGCCCUGCAAUAGAAAGUGUGAUAGUGUGGAGCAAAGGGCUGGUUUGCAUCCAUUAGCAUUAAUAGAUUUAUUUAGAAUGAAUCCGGUUGAGGUCACUGAGUACAGCAAAUAGUGCUGCAGUUUUUUUUUGAGAUUUUUAUGUCAACAUUUAAUACGCAAGGCAAUUCACCACUCUUAACAAGAAUGACAAGAGAAUUGACAUUUUUUGUUCGUUUGUUUUGCCAUAAAGACACCUCUAUGCAUUUAGGAUAAACACACAGAUGGCAGAUCAGACGCAAAAUGGGAAAAUGAGUGUGCCUUCCUGGUGAAUAAAUGUUGAGACAUGCAUUGUUUAUGUCCUAGAGGCUGAGCCUUAUUGAAAAGUUUUGAAGGCGCCAUCUGAAUUAAGGCUUGAGCUGUGCCGACCAUCCAUCCAUCCAUUUUCUGUACACCCUUGUCCCUAAUGGGGUUGGGAGGGGUGCCGGUGCCUAUCUCCAUGGGUAUAAAAAAUUCUUAUCUAUGAAAGAAUACAGACACCAGAGAGAUUACCACUUAUGCUCAAAUACAUUUGGCUUAUUUUCAAAUGCUGCUUUUGCAAACUUGUUUUAUUUUGUUGUCCUUUUUUUUUUGUCUUUGGUUGAUGUGUUGUACUUUAACCUACACCCUGUCAAAAGCAAAAUGUUUUCAUAUAGAAGGGGAUUAGAAACGUAAAAUAUAGCCUCUUUUUUAAAUGAAUGUGAAUUUGUGUGUAAAAUUCAACUUUGUAGGCUAUUAACAUGGUGACUGCUGCAUCAUACAGUGCACAUAUCCUUGUCCUAAACCAAAAAGAGCUGCAGAUUUUAGCAUUCAUCAUGCUUCACAGCAAAAUAUGCUAAUGGAGAUGCUCAGUCAGAAUCUUUAUUAACAGCUUAUCAUAGAGAAGCUAAGUCUGUGUUAAUCUACAGAGGUCUGACCCCCCUGCCAAAGUACUUCUAAUACAACAUUGUGUGUAUUAAUCAUUACAAAAACUAAUUUUGAAAUUUUAAAACCAGUGAAUUUUUAAUAAUAAACUAUUUUACAUAAUGACAUUUAAUGAAUUAGGUCCAAUAUCCUGUUUUCUUCCCAGCUGAAAAUAUGAAGUUGUGUAGUAUUAAAAGUGUUCUCCUUCAAACAACUGUCAGAUAUAAACAUUUAGCAAAAUGGAUAAAUACAUAAGAAAAAUAGUAUAUGUUUAGACUUAGUAGUUUAGUGAUUUCAAUAUUAAAUUCCAAAAACACAGUAGGAGAGUUCAGUUGAUUUGAACUGUUUCUUUAGAAGAAUUUUGUUUUUAUAUUUGAAUUAUUUAAAUAAUGUUGACCAGCAGAGUGCAAUUGAGUUCAUCCACAGUGCUUCCAUCUGCUGCAGAAAUUAUGCAUUAUGCCUAGCUGUUAAUAGUCUACAGCAUGUAAUUACAAGACGAUGUAAAUAUUAGCAUGUUUUAAAGAGAAUCUAUAACUAUGAUGUGUAUGUGUGUGUUUGUGUUCAGUGUACUUUUUGAUAAUAAAAUGGAGUAAAAACAAACGUAUGCACUGACUGAAAAGUGUAUGUAUUUUUUCCUCACUGAGACUGAGUGUAUGAUUGAAUAAUCUGAUUUAAUAGGUUAACAGUGUGUUUGUUUUGUGUAAUAAUUGUUCAAACUUCCAAAGUUUAAAAAUAAAUACUGCAUGAAUGUGUUUUAUUUCCAUUGUUUUAUGUGUGUUAUAAUAUAUUCUGACUGAAAAUCAGUUAAUGUUCAUUUCUAAUAGCACUGUGUGUUUGUCACUAAGCAGUAGACUGUAUAUAUUUUAAACCCCUUUGCCCCAGUGUACCCCUAAGUGUUUCCAUUGUUCAUUCCUGCCAAAUGAAAGUCAGACACAGAAAAAAAGUCUUGUAGCUCCUUAUCCCACAUUAAUCUACCUAACCUUCUGUUUUGGGUUUGAAUAUUACAUAAUAUUAUUCAUUUUGUAUUCCUAAUACAAUGUUUGGUUCUGUUAAAGAUUAUCACAUCAUAUUGGUCUGGCUGUUCUCUUGCUCAGCAUGAGUCUUCUCAUCUCAAAUACCACUCUCUGAAUGAAAAGCCUGUUUUCUAAUGGUUUGCAAUGAGAUGAGAUGGUGUUGCUCCAUUUUUGCAUGCUUUGAUUUGUGUCUCUCCAAUUAUUUUCUGUUGUUUUUUUUUCAAACUUCACUAGUCUUGCUCAUUGAGAUAUAUAUUUUAAUAACAAUUAGACUAUCUCUAUUCAUCUAAGGAACAAAGAGAAUGAUACAAUGUUAAUUUGCAAGUUGCUUCUUUGUGAAGAGACACCUCAUUAGAAGCGUCUCUAAUAUGUGUCAACGCUAUUUCCUUCAUUUUAUCUUGCAUUUCUUAAGACCAAAAUUGUAUAAUUAGGUUCCAUUGCUCAAAAUGCAGACAACAAAAUCCCAUGUCUUCCUGCGUCUCUCAAGCACAGAGCAGACCCAAACAUUCACAAUGCAAUACUGCCAACAUUCUUUUCAGAUUCGACCAUUUUCUGUCAGCAUAACAUCCAACACAGAACUUACCAUCAAGCAUAGACAAGGGGAAUCCUUGUUUCUCUUCACUCUUGCUUUGGUCUACUGUAGAAGAGUAAUAAUAGAUGUGCCUUUUUGUGACAUGCAUGAUUUUGUUUAAUUGAAAAGUCAUUUUUGCAGUAACAGAAAGACUAAAAGAAACGCGUAAAAAUGAAUUAACUCAAGUAGAUAAUAAAACUCAAGGAAGAAAGGACAUACCUGUGUGUUGUCAAACUGUAAUCACAGCAAAUAAAAACGUUUUGUGUA